CGAAAAGAUGAGCAAUAGAAGGAUUCACUACUUGUACUGCAUUCAGUUGAACUCGGCUUUCAAAGAAUGCUAUCUGGUACGAUACGAGCCCGGAGAAUAGAACACAACAAAAAUACAAUGACCAGGGGGGAAAUAGGAAAGGAAAGCACCAGUAGCAUCAUUCGUUGCCAUGGUUCGACGGCGAUGCUGAUAGCGCUUCUGCUGUCGUUGACAUCGGCAUGGACAUCGGAGGCAUUCGUUGCUGUGUUGAAAUCGCCGGCGGAAUCAAUGACCAUGUGUAGAACGAUAGGGGUAGCUGCGAUGAGAUGCUCGGGCUCGGGAAACAUCUCCCCCAUGCAAUCGGGGUUCUCGACAACUCUAUUCUCCUCCAACGAGGACGAAGACGAUGGAUGGGGAACGAGUCCAACAGAAACAGAAGGGUCAGGAACCACACCGUCGACGUCGCUCGAGACGGACCGGAAACUGAGCGAGCUCCGGUCUCUCCAAACGCAAGCGUCCAACAGAUCACAGGCAACCACCACGAAUUCUUCGUCUUCGGGAGAGGAGCCGGAACGAGACAUGUUCAUACCCAUCAUGGCCGUCGUUUCGUUGGCGGGAUUGUUUGGCGCCUACGGAUACGAAACGCUCCGCCUAGCAAGCCGUGGGGAGCUGUAUCUACCGUUUUGAUUUCAUUCUUCGGAGACGAUAGGCAAAGACGACGUCCAACCGACAAUUCCUGUGCACACACGGACACAAAGCGCGCGGGGGACCCGCAAAUCGAUUGAUUCCUAUGAAUGGGAAUGUGAAAACUAGACGUGACGACGACAAUAGUGUUGUUUCAUAAUGGCUACAUUUAAAACAUUUAC